AGUGACGUCACACCCAAACAAGAAGCAGUUUGCUGUUGAUUACUGCAAAGUGCUGAAAUAGAAGUGAAAUUAAACGACACAACCCGCUUUUAUCACGAUGUCUCAGGAUCCCUGGUUACAGAAUUAUGAUGCCACUUGUCGCCUGGCUCAGGAAAUAGCAGAAAACAUUCAAGAACGGAACAGGCAGCAGAGAACAGGGGGAAACCCUGCAAAGAUCAACAUGACGCUACGGGCUUCCCUCCAAAAACUCAAACAGAACAUCGCCCAGCUCAGAGAGGGCUUGUUGCGAGCAUCGUCAUCCCGGCGCCUAAUGCAGUCAGAAGCCGACAGGAGGCAGAACCUCAUUGAUGAUCUGCUGACGAGAGAGAAGCAGCUCAAUGCUACUUUCAAGGGAGAAAUCACAGAGGCGGAGCCCGCCAGGUCCACGUUAAUGGCUGGAGGCGCGGGGGCCAGCGGAGGUGUUGCAGCUAACCCGUGGCUGAUCAACGAAUCGGAGGACACCAAGGGGCUUUCGUUUGGAGAGAUCAAACAGCAACAGCAACGAGUCAUUGAGGCCCAGGAUGCAGGCUUGGAGGCCCUGGCAGCCGUCAUCAGCCGACAGAAGAUAAUGGGCCAGGAGAUUGGCAACGAGCUGGACGAGCAGAACGAAAUCAUUGACGACAUCACACACCUCGUGGACAAGACAGACGACAGGAUCCGUAAUGAGACCCGACGGGUGAAGCUGGUUGAAACGAAGUCCGCUUCGUGUGGGAUGAUGGUGGUGAUCGUGCUGCUCCUCAUAGCCAUCAUCGUGGUCGCCGCGUGGCCGAAGUAGCAGGUGAAGACUGUGGACCCGCUUCAACACCUCACACUGACAGUUUGACGAAGAAUGAGAUUAAAUUAUAUUUCCAGCCACAUAUACUAAAUAAAACCGAUCGUACUUCUUGAUCUUUAUUUUAAAAGCAAAGACUCAACCUGGGAAAAUGUGAAGACUCACAGAUAAUGUUAUUUUAUACUGUAAGUUGGGUGAAAGCCUUCAGAAACCUUGCAGAAGACCUUUUUUUUUUUUAAUGUUUCUUUGGUGUAAAUUGUCCUCUUUUAUCCUCGUUUAAAUAUCUGGAUCAUUAAAUCAACAAAUUAUCAAACUCCUAAAUUAUGGGGAGGUGUGUAAGCGUUUCUAUCCCGGGCCGAGGGCGGUGUUGACCCACCAGUGGGACCUCCCGCAGGCGGCGGGAGCUUUCCUUUCAUAAGUCUGUCUGUGGCUGGCCCGAGGUUUACACUGGGUACAGUAAUUCUGCAAGCCGAGCAAUAUCCACACUCUCUCGUAUUUACCCAGGCAUUACUGUAGCAGCUGUAAUGUUAUCAUUUUGUUUGGAUUUUACCGUGUUUAUAGAGUAGCCCGUAGCCAAAACAAACAGCCCGGCUGUGGAACCAACAUGGCUCUUUUCCUUCCUUGUAAAUCAGUUCUGCUUGUAAUUUCUAAUAAAUGACAUUUCCAGUUAAUAGUCCCUGGACUCCUGUCUGUCUGCGUUCACGCUCACGCCUCUUUCUGGACCACGCUCGUGUUUUGUAACAUGAUAUUU